AUGCCUCGGACCUUUGGAGGUGACGGAGUCCCACCUCUAACUGACAAGCCAGGGACUCCUAAGAUACGACUUGGCAGACAAAUGGUAAUGAGAUGGGGAGCUAUUAAUAUCAAUGGGGGCUACUCUGGGAAGAAGGUAGAGCUGGCAGAGGCUGCAAGUAAGAUGGGGCUGGACGUUUUAGCUGUUAGUGACAUUCCGGUAAGGGGUGAGAAAGAAGAGGAAGUGGGAGAAUACAAGGUCUACCUGUCAGGAGUCAAAGCAGGAAUAGCACAAUGGGGUGUAGGGCUUUACAUCAGGAAAGAAAUGGAACCCAGCGUAGUUGCAAUAAGGUAUGUAAAUGAACGACUGAUGUGGAUAGAUUUGACAGUGUCUAGCAAGAAAAUUAGGAUUGUGUCAGUAUAUUCGCAUUGUGAAGGGACAGAUCAAGAUAAGAAGGAUAGUUUUUAUGAGGCACUCAGUGAUGUAGUUGUUAAAGGACAAGGACAGUGUUCUGAUCAUGGGUGA